AUGCUUGGUCACAUUCGCGCUCAUGGUGAGUGUAACACUAACCCUACAGCCCGACAAUUUCAGGUUAUUUAUAAAAAGUUUUUAGUUAAAUCUGAACUGAGAGACAUAGACAAAGGCAAUAUCACAUCUCUUGAAGAAAUAUCUGUUUUGAAAAUUAUUUUGCCUGGUGAUGAUUUUAGUGAUAGUAACAUAACUACAUGUGAUGACGAUGACAGUCAGAUUUGGAACCCUCCUAGGUUUUCAAGGCGUCUGUCAACAUUCUCUUAUAGUGAUUUACCUUCAUUGCCUGAAAUAGAACGACGUAGGUCUUCACGAACAGCACCAGUCAAUGUAGAAAGGCAGCAAUCAAAUGUACCAAGUACUUUUUGUACUAUUGAUGCUCUUUCUGAACAAGAUUGGGUGAAAGAAAAACUGGCAAAUAUGCAAUGGGACAUGCCUAGUCAUGAUGAUUUUCCUGCUAAAGAUAAUACUGUACCAAGAUCUGAUAUGAAGGAUAUUUAUGUCGGAAUUUUAGCAAAUGCGGCUCCAAUAGACUACUAUGAUUUGUUUCUGACCCCUGACAUUCUAAACCAUAUCACUAAGCAAACCAACUUAUACGCAACACAGUGUCUAUUUUCUUCUGAUUCUUCUGCUGAAUCAACAAACCACCUAUGCACUCCAGUAACCAGGAAAGAAAUGUUGAAAUUUUUGGCUCUAGUUGGGUGGAUGGGUUUGGUCAAAUUACCAAGCAUCAAAGAUUACUGGAGAAUCCACAAACUCUAUGGAAUACCCCAAGGUCGUACUGUUAUGCUUCGGAAUCAAGCUCAUUCUAAAAUGUGUCCAUUUCGCCAACUCGAUGCAAGCUCAUUCUAA